UGCAAGUAAAGCCUUUGAGCUCCACAGACAGAUACAGAAACUCAUUGGAUGAAACAUAGUUAGUGUUAUUUUGCAGAUGGCCGUCUUACUGGUAACUCUCCUUAUAUCAGCGGUGAGAGGUGCUGUGGAGAUGGAGCUGUCGCCCGAGUGCAGACAGUUUCUGUACAUGGCAACGCCACCAUCAGGGCUGGAACACAAAUCCCUCCAGUUCAUCUGUCAACGUUACAACAAGAAACCCCGGUAUGUGACGCUGUACAACACUGUGGACCACGUCCCCAUCUACUCUGCCUACACCUUCAAACGCUCAGAUGGGGAGAAGUGCGUGGAUGUGCCCUGGAUGUAUGAGCCUCAGCUGUCUACAUCUUCUGACACAGGCGAGAUGCAACCAUUCCCACGUGGCUAUAUACACAUGAAUUUUGAGGAUGCCCAGGCUGUGCUCGAGGACUACACAAAUGCCAUCUUCUAUGAGCGCGGUGCCCUGAACCCAGAUGAACACCAGGCUGACCCUGACGACAAGGCCGCCACCUACACCUUGACCAACGUUGUGCCUCUAGUGCGAGAGUUCAGUGAUGAAGUCUGGAAUGAACAGGAGCACGUCAUCCGCAAACGACUGAAUAAUUACUGUCGUGGCACAGCCCAUGUGGUCACAGGUAUCACCACCUCAGGAAAAAUGAUCCGUCGAAAUAACAUCAACCGUGUGGCAGUCCCCACCUACAUCUGGUCAGCGUACUGCUGUGUUGACUAUGACCAUAAUGCACCUUACGAUGAGCGUUACAAGUUCCCAUCCUUUGCUCACUAUGGCCUCAACGACAAGGAGAAUAACCAGGUGCUGGAAAUGUCUAUCCAGAAGCUGGAGGAGUUCCUCAAGAAGACCACCUUUGUGGACAAGAACUUUCAGAUCUUUGUGGAUGACUGCAUCCCACCAUCCUCUAGUAUAUCUCAUUAGGAAAAAUAUUUCAGUUUUGCCUUGUCCAUUGUAAGGUCAUCAUCAUCAUGACAAUUACACAAUAAACGCAUGUUUAAACACAAAUUGAAGCACAAAAAAACUUAAAUGUUAACUUGUGUCACUUCAAUCUUUCUUUGUUGGUAUGAUUGUCAUGAAGUGAGAAUACACACUAACAGGUUCUAUGUAACUAUCCUAGUGUCUUAUUUAUCAAUUAAUUUAGAACACUGACAGAUUUUGUCACUCUGAAACUGUUAUAAUGACCUUUGGGA